AUGAAAAACGUGCUGACAUCCUUUAUUAUUUGUGUUGUGGCUUUACUUAUCAUUCGCACUGCGGAAUGUCAAGACGUGGGCUCGCCAUGUAAUGAUUUCUCAGAAUGCGGAUAUGGAAGUUAUUGUUGUGUUAGUAAGACCCGACCCAGGGGACGUAAGAGAAGAUCUUCAGACGCUAUCGGUACAUGUCAGAAUAUUGGAACCAAAGGGGCAGCCUGUCUUGUCAACAAUGAAGAAAAGCCUUUAGAUAGCAUAUUUUUCGUAAGCUGUCCCUGCCAGGCACCUCUUAAAUGUAUUGGAAGUGGAGUUAUAGACGUUCCUCUUGGCGAAAUGGGAACAUGUGGAUACCCGAAGAAAGGUUAA